CAAGCCAAGCCUAAGGAGAGGUGGAAAGCAUAGAAACAAGCAGCGCAUAUAAAUAUUUGUACAUUGAAUCCAGUGAAUGUUGCAAGAAAGCGUGAAGUGAAAGGAUUAAAAAAAAGCAAGCAAACCUUGAAAUUUUUUUAAAAUAUUAUAAGGUCAAGGUCGAAGAUACGUGGAUUUGUGAAAGCGUUUAAAAAAAAAAAAACAGAAAAGGAUUUUAAUAUGUCCUGCAGAAGGCGACUUAUAUCCUUCGUAUUAUUGGUAUGCUGUGUGAUUACAAAUCUUCACAUUGGCGAAGCUCAUCAAAGGACACACCGAACAGCGCCAUCGAAGACAAAUGUUAACUCACAAAACACAGCACCAAAAACCGCCACGCAAACCUCAGCCACACUUUCGUGGCUGGGCCCAGAAUUUCAAAUCAUACGACGAGUCUAUGACGACUGUCAUGUCAAAGAUGAUUUCAUGAGCUGCCUAAAGCAGAAAGCCCUAAACGGUCUGGGUCGAGCCAUCGAACAGGAUUCCAUAAAAAUAUUCGAUGGUGUAGUACUGGAGAAACAAAACGAAACCGAGAAACAGAGCAUAAUUGGUGUUCUGGCCGAUGCGAGAGCUUUAAAUAACCUGGCACCUUUGGAUAGAGCUUUGCUAUCGAAAAUCGAUAAACUGGCGCGCACUCAUGCGCUCAAAGUCGACAUGAGCGUGGCUCGCCUAGGAGGUGGUGAUGACGAAAAAGGGCACAAGGAAAAACACAAGAAAGAUAGCGGUCAUAUUAAAUAUGUCAUUGCCGCCUUGCUGACAGCCAUGGGUAUAGCGGGCCCAAUCGGCUUAAAAGCUUUGGCCGCCAUAGCUGGCAAGGCUUUGGUCAUAAGUAAGGUGGCGCUGACCAUUGCAAGCAUUAUAGCCCUUAAAAAACUCUUUUCUCACGACCAUCAUGAGGAGACCAGUUUUCAGGUUCAUGCAGGAGAUCAUAAUAGGCGCAGUACCUACGUCAUACGCCCGGUACCAAAAACAGCUGGCAUGCCCGCUGCAGCUGGCGAGACUCCUGUUGUAGAUCCCUAUCGCUAUUAUUAUGAAUAUCACUGAUUGUUAUGGCCUUGGUACAAUUUUAAAUGUC